AUGAUGGCGUUGCCAUAUGUAAAAUAUAAAAGCGGAUUUGCUGCUUCGUUCAUUCGGCCAGCGUCACGCAUUUACCACUGACAUCUCAAUCUCGUCGUCACCAUCGUGUCUCAAGUUCAUAUUGAUCUACCGGCCAAGACUCGCUUGUUUCGCUACUUCUUAUAAACUAGUAAACAAAAUGCCUGGACUGAUUAUCGACACGUACGAACAAGUCCCGGUGACCAAGGAAACCUUGGACUGGGCAGAGCUCAUUACCCUCGACCUCUCAUUGUAUGAACAGCCUGGAGGCAAAGAAGAACUCGUCAAGCAGCUGGAACACGCGGUUCGCCAUGUCGGCUUCUUCUACGUCAAGAACUUUAACAUCAGCCAAGAAGAGGUUGAUCACCAGUUCGCGCUUGGCAGAGAGUUUUACGCCCUCCCUUUGGAAGAAAAGCUAAAAUAUCACAACCAAAAUGAUCUCGAAAGUGGAGAGUAUAACGGUUAUAGACCGGCAGGGCAUCGCAAAAUCGCCAACGGGGUUAAAGACAACAUCCAAGUUUACAACAUUCCAAAAUUCGAUGGCUUCCAUCAGCGACAACAACCACCAUUGAUCGAAGGAAACAUCCGCGAGGUGGAGGCCUUCAGUCGAAAAUGCCAUGAAGAAGUUGUUGUAAAGCUGCUGCGUCUUUUCGCACUUCUGCUAGAGCUGCCGGAUGAAGACCAGCUCGUGCAUGAUCACACAUACGACGUCAAGGGCGAGGACCAUCUACGCUAUAUGCACUACGCGGCGCGUAACCCGGACGAUAACCAAAAGGUCGCAGAUCUCUAUGUGCCGGGACACACCGACCUCGGAACGCUGACGCUCCUGUUCCGGCAGCCAGUCGCCGCAUUGCAGAUUCUCAACUCGGAAGGGAACUGGAAGUGGGUGAAACCUCAAGACGGCACCAUUACCAUCAACACGUGCGACGCCCUCACUGCGCUCACGGGAGGCUACAUCAAGUCAAGCAUCCAUCGCGUCCAUGCACCGCCUCAAGACCAGGCCCAUGUCGACCGCCUUGGCGUGCUAUAUUUCGCUCGACCCAACAACCACGUAGUGCUUGACCCUAUUGCGAACAGCCCUGUUCUAGACCGUCUCGGCUUGAAGACUAAUGCACUGACAGAGCUUGGUCAACAUCUAACUACGGAGCAGUGGGUCAAGCUUAGGCAAACCCAGCAACAGCGACCAACCAAGGCAGCUACGAUCUCUGCUGGAGGAAAGUACGCGUACGACAAGAAGGACUUGGAGAUUAUCCCGGGUCUUCAUGCAGAGAUCCAUAAUUAGCAGGAUCUGCAGUCUACACUACAGCUAUCAGGCCCACAGCGAUACAAUCCAUCUGUAGUAAGUCUACGGUGGAGAUUUGUACUGUUGACAUACAAAGUUUUUACUUUUCAAAUAUAUACAAAAUUGAAAUUUGUUUGACAAUAUAGUGGAGCACAGCGUCCCUCACAGCUCAGACCACGACUGCUUGAAGUGAACCCUCAGGCCCAGCACAAAUUGCAACGCGCUCGACAAAAAUAGCUCA